GCAGGCAGGAGGCUCCUCACCUAUGCACAGCUCAAAGCAAAGCAAAGCACAACACAAUCAAAGCCUCAUACAAGAAGCUAGCUAGCUAGUACUCAAGCUAAAUACCUAGCUAGCAGUAGCAGGCGACCAGCUGCAUUUUUCCAGAGGAAAAAUCUCUCAGUUUAGCUUAAUUAAUUAGCUCUUGGGAGAAGAAGGCAAGAAGAAAAUGGACAGGGUGAACAGGCUGGCGGCGCAGCGGGCGGUGGUGAUCUUCAGCAUGAGCUCGUGCUGCAUGUGCCACACCGUGACGCGCCUCUUCUGCGAGCUCGGGGUGAACCCGACGGUGGUGGAGCUGGACGAGGACCCGAGGGGGAAGGAGAUGGAGAAGGCGCUGGCGAGGCUCCUCGGCCGCAGCCCCGCCGUGCCGGCGGUGUUCAUCGGCGGGAGGCUCGUCGGCUCCACCGACAAGGUCAUGUCGCUGCACCUCAGCGGCAACCUUGUCCCGCUGCUUCGCAAUGCGGGUGCCCUCUGGGUGUAGCACCAACGACGCAACUAUACCUACCAGCGACUGGUUCUUGAUUUGGACUGAUACCGUGGCGCAGAAUAAUUUUAUACGGGUACUUUGGUUUGUAUCAGGCAGGUCAGGUAUAUCUAAGGGAAAAUAAAUAGUACGUGCAGGCCUUUUUUGCACUGCAAUACUAGUAAAUCUAUAGAGAGUGGGGAAUUAAGUGUGUCAUGUCAGCCGCCUGUAAGGCUCUUUUGAGAUGUAAUAAUGACACAUAUCCGUUUAAUGGAGUAUACCUCUUUUGUCGA